GAAAAAAAAAUGUCUCGUCUUCUCCACACAUCCUUCCUUCCUUCUUCAACUUCUUUCCACUCCAAAACCCGAUCCUCCGUUCCCAAUUUCCGGUCCAACAAGCCCCGAAUCGUCCCCGUACGAGCGAAGAUCCACGAGAUUUUCAUGCCUGCUCUCAGCUCCACCAUGACCGAAGGAAAAAUCGUCUCGUGGGUCAAAUCCGAAGGCGACAAGCUCAGUAAAGGAGAGAGUGUUGUCGUCGUCGAAUCCGAUAAGGCCGAUAUGGACGUUGAGACUUUCUACGACGGUUAUCUCGCCGCAAUCAUGGUCGAAGAAGGAGGUGUUGCUCCCGUCGGAUCCGCCAUUGCUUUGUUAGCUGAGACCGAGGAAGAAAUCGCCGAUGCUAGGGCUAAAGCUUCCGGUGGUGGAGCCAAUUCUCAGUCUCCACCUCCUCCUCCUCCUGUAUCCGAAACACCUGCGGUUGUUGAAAAGAAAGUUUCGGUUUCGGUUCCUCCGCCAAUAGCGUCUGCGUCUGCGUCUGCGGUGCAUCCGGCGUCUGAAGGAGGGAAGAGAAUCGUGGCUUCUCCUUAUGCUAAGAAGCUAGCAAAGGAAUUGAAAGUGGAGUUGGCUGGUUUAGUUGGAAGUGGGCCAAUGGGAAGGAUUGUGGCUAAAGAUGUUGAAGCGGCUGUAGCUGCUCCAGCUGUUAAAACGGAGGUAUCUGCGGCGGUGACGGCGGCGGCUCCUCCUGCUCGUGUAGAGUUGGGAUCGGUGGUUCCAUUCACGACAAUGCAGGGAGCUGUGAGCCGGAACAUGGUGGAGAGUUUGGUGGUUCCGACUUUUAGAGUGGGAUACACAAUCAACACGGAUUCUCUUGAUGCUCUGUAUAAGAAGAUUAAGUCGAAAGGAGUGACAAUGACGGCACUCCUAGCGAAGGCAACCGCACUUGCACUGGCAAAACAUCCAGUUGUAAAUUCGUCUUGCAGAGAUGGUAACAGUUUUGUGUACAACAGUAGCAUCAACAUUGCUGUUGCUGUUGCCAUUGAUGGUGGUUUGAUCACUCCAGUGCUUCAGAACGCCGAUCAGGUUGACAUUUAUUCAUUGUCUAGAAAGUGGAAAGAAUUGGUUGAUAAGGCCCGAGCCAAGCAGCUUCAGCCUCAGGAGUAUAACACUGGUACUUUCACUCUCUCUAACCUUGGAAUGUUUGGUGUUGAUCGGUUUGAUGCCAUUCUGCCCCCUGGAACUGGAGCGAUUAUGGCUGUAGGAGCAUCACAACCUACAGUGGUAGCUACUAAAGACGGGCGCAUUGGCAUGAAAAGCCAGAUGCAGGUGAAUGUGACGGCAGAUCAUCGUGUCAUCUAUGGUGCUGAUCUUGCACAGUUCUUGCAAACAUUGGCCAGCAUUAUUGAGGACCCAACGGACCUUACAUUCUAG